UAAGUGACUGACCUCCUUGGGGACUGUCCCCAGAAUACAGACUCCACCAGGCGGUGAUUCCCCUCUCAUUUCGCAGCCCCAUGCCUCCGCUCCUGCCUGCGGUGAUACCUCCUUCUGCAGCGAUGCUGGGGGUGCAGCUCCCCCUCGCUUUGUCAUCGCUCCGUUGCCUUGCCAACGCGGUGGCCCUGUCCCUGCUCAGACACUGUCACCGCUGGGUCUGGCACAGGCAGCACCACUCGGCACCCACAGAGCACCCCAUGGCCCCAGGCAGUGCGGCUGGACACAGGCGGCCUUUGCAGUGAAACUUAAUGGGAUAAACCAAUUCCCUUAACCCACUUAUCUGGCUGAUCCAAUAAAGGUGGCUGGGAACAAAGUGUGCAUGUAGUCUUAAUGCAUUCCCUCUCUCCACGCUCCCCCAGUCCUGACAGCAUCGUGGGUCCGUCUGCCACAGCUAGCAGGGGGCUCCUCCUCCUCAGAGGCAGUGCAAAGGGGCCAGGGCAGAGGGGGAACGUUGGACCUGGGGACUAGGACCUGUUGUCUCUAGGUGACAGGGAAGAGGAGAGGUGGCUCUGACAGUGGUGGAGGUGGCUCUGACCCAUUGAGGCACAGCCCAGCACAAAGCAUAAUGCAGGCGUCCAUGGAUGAGGCCCCGCCGCCCACCAGCCCCACCGGGCUCUCGGUGUACGUGGCCGUGUCGCAGCUGCUGGGCCUGACGCUCCUGGCCACCACAGGUGCCUGGCUGGGCCGCUACCGGGGCGGCGUGGCCUGGCACAGCCCCCUCCAGUUCAACGCCCACCCCCUCUGCAUGGUGCUGGGUAUGGUGUUCCUCCAAGGUGACGGUGAGCAGGACGGUGGGACACGUGCCCUGUCCCCGCUCUCUGGUGGUGAUGGACUCUUCUCUGCAGGCAUCAUCGCUGUCUUCGAGUCACACCAGACUAAGGGCAUCCCUGACAUGUACAGCCUACACUCCUGGUGUGGGAUGGCCACCUUUGUGCUCUACCUCCUGCAGUGGUUCCUGGGCUGCAGCUUCUUUCUGUUCCCUGGUGCCUCCUUCUUGCUGAGAGGGUGGUACAAGCCCCAGCACAUCUUCUUUGGCAUCACCCUCUUUAUUCUCUCCAUCACCUCCUGCUUGCUGGGCAUUACUGAGAUGCUCCUCUUCAAACUCAGUGAUUCCUACAGCCACUUUGUGCCUGAGGGCAUCCUGGCCAACACCCUGGGGGUGCUGCUGGUGGCCUUCGGGCUAGUGGUGGGCUACGUGCUGACACGGGAGGAGUGGAAGCGCCCACCGCUGGCAGAGGAGCUGGCCCUGUCCAUGGACUUCAAGACCCUGACAGAAGGAGAGAGCCCUGGUGGUGGCAGCCAGUGACAUCCCCAGCUCCUGGUCUCCAGCAUGAGCUCCUUGUGAUGUCUGAAAUGUUCCUGUGCACCGUGUCCCUGGUGGUUUGCAUCUCUGCCCAGCCCAGGGUUAUGAGGACAGCUGGGGAAGGACAUGCUUGGUGUAAUGCUUCCCACUGGACUUGGCCUCGCUUGGCCUUAAUCAUCCUAAGCUCUGCCCUGUCCAUCCUUUGGUGGCCCCUGAACUCGUCCCAGCCCUGUGGGAAUGGCAGUGCUGGCAGGGGCACAAAGAGGUGUCUCUGGGCUCUUCCCCACUCUAGGGAUGGAGUGGGAGCAGAGAUUUCUGCACUGUGGGCGGCCAAAACCUACAGCCUGUUCCCAGUGCUGGUGGGCAGAGGGGAUGUUUGCCACCACUGGGAAGUCCCACUCACUGGUAGCCCCUGACCCUCCAGCAUUGCCACAUGUAGGGGACACUCCCCUAAAGGGCUCCCUGGGGAUUUGGAGUGACCCUAUGCCCAUGCAGGUUCAGUAGCUUCAUGUCUAAAGUGUUUUCUCCCCAUGCUUGAUGUGUUUGCUCAGUGGAUGCUCCCAACCUAAUAAAUAUUUGCAGCUAACCCUGUUCUCCUCCUGA